AUGUUCAGGAAGACGUGUCCGAGACUCACACUGUCCACGUCCUCCAACAUCCGGCUGGUCUCCGGGACGUCCGGGGCGUUGGGCACCGUCACGAUCAUCGGGGUCCGCGUCCGGCCCAGGGUCCCGAUGGAGGCCGUCUUCACCACGUGGGGGUGGCUGGGAGCGCCUGGGGGGGCAGGGGGAGGCCGUCAGGAGAAGUGUAAACGAAAAGUGCAGUAG